AUCAGCUGAUGGAGUAAACAAACCGCGGAGAGACUACCAAUCGGCGUGAAUUUCCGGCGGGAUCUUAUUUAAGAAAAAUCCAGGCUCCCUUUGCGUUCAACAGGUCGGUAAGACUUGUACUUUGCUAAAAAUUGAAAUCACUAAAGCAGAAGUCCGGCAAUACUAGGAAAACCUGAGAACCUUUUAACAUACUCAACUCACCACUGUUAAAAAGAUGUCUUCUACUGACGAGGUACCAUUCACUAAACAAAUGCGAAAUGUUACAAGAGAAAUUCACAGUGUCAGUGAUGCAUUGAUAAAUGCCAAACUGGGAAUUGCUAUGUCGGAGGAUCGAGUGUGGGCUGAGGGUCUCCUGAUCUUUUAUGAAAUUUUCAAAUACCUCGAGGAAGCUUUAGACAGACUCUCUCACACCCUUAUUAGUGAUCUGGACAUUCCAGGCAUGAGACGGAAGGAAGCUUUUGAAAAGGAUAUAGCAUUCUAUUUAGGGAGUAACUGGAAGGACGGUUAUAAGCCAAGGGAGAGUGUGUGCAAGUAUUUAAAGCACCUUGGGAAGAUCGAACAGGAGAAUCCACACUAUCUUAUGGCUUACAUUUACCACCUGUACAUGGGGCUCUUGUCUGGCGGCCAAAUUCUGAGGAGGAAGAAGGUCUUGCUGCAGAAAUUCUCGUUUUCUCGCAAG